UAGUACUUGGGUUUGAGGAAGUGCAGAAACUGAAAUGUGAUGAUAAUUUAUUUAAGUAGAAAGCAAUGCUGUUGAUUUGCACAUAAACUUCCUUCGGUUUGUUGUUCAGAAUAUUUCUGUCAAGAUGUCAUCCGGCAGCAGUCUUGUUGUUCCAAUGGUGCUGUGGGGGCGUCAUGCUCCCACACACUGCAUAUCUGCUAUAUUGAUGACCGCAGACAUGAAGAACAUUGUGACUGGGUGCAAUGAUGGACAGAUCUGUAUCUGGGACAUUACUGAUAACUGGCAGUUAUUUCCCCGAAGCAUGCUGUUCGGUCACACCACGGCAAUCACCUGUCUGGCACCAGGAAGUGAGGAGCCAGAUGAACAGUAUGUCGUGAGUGCCUCGGAAAAUGGAGAAAUGUGUUUGUGGGAUAUCAGUGAUGGGCGCUGCAUAGAAAACACCAAGAUGACCAUGGUUCAUACCGAUAUCAUAGCUUACAAGUUCCAGCUAUCUAAAGAACUCCGACUAGUGUGCAGUGGUUACUACCCCGAGAUCCAUGUGAUCGAUCCAUCCAGCUUUGAGAUUCUCUUCAGUCUGUGUUCCAAAGUAGUUCCAGAUUGGAUCAGUGCUUGUUGUGUUCUGAGGCCGGUUAAGAGAGAUGGUACCUCGGAUGAUGUAGUGUUAGCAGUUUCUAAUUCUGGCACUGUCAAAGUUUGGACGUUAUCAUCAGAACCCAAGGCUAAAAUUGUCUUUGAAGAUGAGUCGAAACAGAUUCGGUGUUUGAAUGCUCAAACAUUGACAUGCUGUUCGUAUAACCAGAGAACUGUUCUCAUAGUGUGUUCCAAGUACUGGCAGGUUUAUAAUUUUGAACCCCAUACGAGGUCUUCUGGAGGCAAGGAUAACCGGAUUUAUGAUGCGGGAGAUUUCUCAUUGCUGUGUUCCGAGUCGAAUCGUUGUGGAGAGCGCUGGGCUGGUGGCGACUUCAUCAGUGUGGAUCGCGUCAUCGUCUGGAGCAGUGACGGAAAAGGCUACCUCUACAAACUCCCCACCAAUCUCCUCAAGGGAAAGGCAGUACAGAGGACCCGGUCUAGAUCAUCUUCUUCUAGCUCCACUGCUAAUGCUGAAAGUGCAGAUUAUCAUCAGCAUCAUCAACCGACUUCACCACAUGCAUACUACAUUCUAAACCUGUAUUCUGAACAGUCACUGGUAUGUUCCCCUGCGAUGGUGUACCAAUACACCAAAGAGGAGAAGCCACAGAAACUGUUACUGCGAGGGGACUCGGAGGGCCGUGUGGUUAUAUGGAAGCUGCCAGACGUGUCGGAGAGACAGAUGACUCUGGUCAGACAAGAGAGCUUUGACAGAUUGCCAGCUUUGCCCCCUCAGUGUAAGACAACUCUACAGGAUGUCUGGGACUGCAUGUACAGACACCCACCUGGUGUUCUCGAUGGAGUGUGUGAUGAGUCUGAGCGGUCACUGCACAUCACAUCGACAAUUUACAUCCCGAGUCAGGGCAAGCUGGUGUGUGGCCGAGAGAAUGGCACUAUCGUGAUAAUUCCAGCCAUUCACUGCAUUAUGUUGCAGCUGCUUACCUCGAAAACACUAUCUGCCAAAAACAUUCCCGUUAAGAUCCUGCAGGGACAUGAUGGGCGUGUGACAUGUUUGCUGUACCCAUUCAACGAGAGCACUCGAUACGAACCCCAGCACUUGUUGUCCGGUGGUGCCGACUUCUCCGUCAUUUUGUGGGACAUCAACUCAGGAUGCAAGGUGCAUACCUUUACCGUGCAUGGAGGGGAGCUCACGCACAUGUUGGUACCACCAGGAAACUGUAAUACGAGAAUUCUGUACUCGGUAUGCUCGGUUGCCAGUGAUCACUCUGUAACUCUCCUCAGUCUGAAGGAGAGAAAGUGCAUCAUGCUGGCUGGACGUCACCUGUUUCCUGUCCAGACAAUCCGCUGGCGACCGCUCGAUGAUUUCAUGCUCGUCAGUUGUAGUGACGGGACCGUCUAUGUCUGGCAGAUGGAAACAGGACACCUGGACCGUGUGGUGCACGGGAUCACUGCGGAGGAGAUUCUAAACAACUGCGACGAGAACGCCACCCCCAUGGAGAGCCUCACGAACCCGAACAUCACGCUGGCACAGGCCUUCAAACGGCGGAACCUGGCCACCUUCAAGAACCUCGCCCAGCAGAAGCUACAGCAGCACCAGCAGCAGCAGCAGGCUCAGGGGCGGAAGAGUGACCUCAUCAAGCCCACGGGAUUCCCGCUGCACAUCCAGGGCGUUCGUACAAACAUCAGAGAUCCCGACGCUCACGUUCUCUUCUUUGAUACAGAAGCCAUGAUUGUUCAACUUCUGACUGAGGAGUAUGCACUGAUGUCACCUGGAGAGCUGGAAGCCCGAGGACUGCUGGGAACUCAAGAUGAACAGAUGAAGAUGAACGAACCUGACACAGACCCACAACAAAAACUUAUUGGUCUUAUAAACAAGGCUAAAGAAAGAGCAGAAAAUGUUGGCCAGAAAAUCCAGUCUAAAGUAGAAAUGGCUGGCAUCAACAUACCCACCCAGCCAUCGACCAAGACCUCUCCGAGUAAAGUUGUGAGCAACCAGCCGCGUAGCAGCAGUGCCAUGAGUCGUCCCGAGAGUAUUCCCAUCACCGACUCACUCACCUUGGAGAGUGCCCAGCUGUUCAUGUCGUGUCUACACGCCUGGGGCCUCGACCCCGACCUCGACAAACUGUGCACCAACAAGCUCGGUCUGCUCAAACCGCAGUGUCCCAUUUCAUUUGGUCUUCUCUCUCGACAGGGUCACAUGUCACUCAUGCUGCCCGGAUGGCACAAACGCGUCUGUCAGGUGGAGCUCUCUGCUCUCAAAGGGGAUAACCCUGUAGCAGCAAAAACGCUUUCCGAACAGGCUCGUAUGCACGGAGAAAGUUUAAAGGAUCGGCGUCCAAGCAGUGAACCGAUGAAGCCGACGCUUCUCGCUCAGAGAUCGGGGAGCGUUCCGUUUGAUGUGGAACACCUGAUGUUUGUGUCUGAGGAUGCAAGUGUUCCCAUGUCCGGUCCUCCAUUCGCCGACCCUCCUGUUCCGACCAUUUCUAAAAUCGGUGAAAACCUUCUGCUGCAGGAGACUCGGAUAUUCUCUGCUAAAGCCCGGUGGCAAAUCUCCAGUGGCGUAACGACCCAGCACUUAUUGAGUGUGAUUUCCGUGGCCAACACGCUGAUGAGCAUGAGUCAUUCGAGCUUCUUGAGGCAGAGACAGUCCAAAAGAAAAAAGGACCUUGUGUACAGUGGCCACCACGGUUUGGUAGUGUUUGAUGGUCCUGACAGUGGUGACGGCGGUGUUGAUGACGAUGACGCAAUGGGGAUGCAGCAGGCUCAGAUCAAACAGGGCUGGAGUCUGCUGGCCGCAUUACACUGUGUCCUACUACCCGAGCUGGUCGGCGCCACUCAUUACCAUUCGCCGCAACUCGAGAUGCUGGCUCGCAGGUGGCAGGAUCGAUGUCUAGAAAUCCGAGAGGCUGCCCAGGCUCUUCUCCUGGCCGAACUGCGUCGUAUUGGUCCAGAGGGCAGAAAGGGGAUUGUUGAUGAAUGGGCGCCAUCUCUUCCAACGUACGUUGAUCCACAACACAGUCUGCUGAGUGACACACCGGGACAGAAAGAGGAUGAAGAGGAAGAUGAAGAAGAUGAUGAACAGAUGCUGGCAGGUGAUUCCCCAGCUCACAAAGUAUCGGUGUCGUUUGAAAGUCGGAGAAGACAGGCGACUGCAAUCGUGAUGCUGGGAGUGAUUGGAGCAGAGUUUGGUCAUGAGAUCGAACCCAGUCGAAGAAAACCUGAGGAAGUGAAAAAAGGCAAAAAGAAUGUACAGGAGGGAUUCAGCUUGGCCAACUAUAACUUGGCAAGACAUACAAGUAAAGCAUUGACGUUCCUCCUGCUAACUCCCCCGAGCUCCAGACUUCCGUCGCACACCCCAAUCCGCCGUGCGGCGAUCGACCUGCUGGGCCGUGGCUUCACGGUGUGGGAGCCUCACCUCGAUGUGUCCUCUGUGCUGCUCGGACUCCUGGAACUGGCCGUCGAUGCCGAGAGACUGCUUCCCAGCAUGACGUACGGCCUGCCUCUAACCCCUGCUGCCGACGCGUGCCGUACCGCCCACCACUCCCUGUCGCUGAUAGCCACGGCGCGACCUCCGACUUUCAUUAUCACCAUGGCGAAGGAGGUGGCCCGCUACAACGCCCAGCUGCAGAACACACAGUCCCAGCACUCGCAGUUACAGAACUCGGUUCUCAUCCGGGCGCGAUACGAAAUCUUACAUGUAAUUGAGCUGCUCGUCGAAAAGAUGCCAAACGAUGUGGCUGACCUUCUGUUAGAGGUGAUGGAUGUCACGAUGCAUUGUCUGGAGAUGUCACAGCUGAAGAUGAAAGGUCUUCAAGAACUCUUUCCAGCCAUAUGCAGGUUUAGCAUGGUAUCGUUCUGUGCUCAGACAAAGCGAAUCUGGGUGGGCUCCAAGAAUGGUGGCUUGGCUCUGUACGAGAUGAAACAACACGCAAAAACUCAGACGAUAUCUGCACAUAAAGGGCCGGUGAUAGCCGUGUCUGUGAACCAGGAUGGGAAGUUUCUAGCCACGUUCUCACACGUUGACAAGAAACUCAAGUUCUGGCAGACAGCAGCAUCAACCCUGUUUGGAAUCGGUUCUCAACAGACCAAGUGUAUCCGCCAGUACACGACGCCCCCGUGUCACACGACCCCGGUCACCAACAUUCUCAAGCUGGUCCGGCUCGUGUGGAUUGAUAACCGCACCGUGGUGCUUCUCACUGUCGACGGAACAGAAACCAAGUACUCCGUCUGAGGGAGGUUUCCGCAUUCCGUGUUAAAAACCAAAUAAUCUGUCAGAGGCAGAUUUCCGCAUUCAGUGUUAGAGCUGUUGUUCGACAAAUCGUUAAACACUGAAUUUGGCGAUAACAUUUCAUUUUUAAUGAGCCAAAAAGCUAAUUUGAAAGCCAUAGGCACUGUGAUUCUUGUCAUGGUGACAGUGUUGGAGCUGUCGUUUGAAAAAUCGUUAAAUGUUGAAUUCACCAAAAACAUUAAUUAGAAAACCACAUGCCCUUUGUAGAUAUACUGGCACUGUGGUUCUUCUUACGGUGAAUGGAAUGUGUUAGAGCUGUCAUUUGACAAAUCGUCAAAAGCGAAAUUAAAACUGAAAUUAGCAAAUCCAUUUUAUUUUUAGGUCACCACAAAAGCUAGUUCGAAAGCUACACGACCUUUGUAGAUAUACCACCAUUGUGGCCAAUUGAAACUUAAAUUUGGCUCCAGAUUUUCUAACCCAGUUCAUCAAAAUUGCUAAUUUUUAGAAGUCCAUUUGAAGCCUGUACAUGAUUGUAGUACAGGCCACUGGAAAUUGCAUAUUUAUGUAAACCAUUUAUGGGCUAUGCCAGAGAAAUUUUUUAAAAUAAUCCUAUUCAUUUUUUAUUAACUCAUUAAAACUAUGUGAAUGAUGUCCAGAAUUUAAUACGCGAACAAAAGAAGGAUUACACAAAACAAAUAUUGCAUGAGCAACAGAUAUACAAAAUAAUUGUUUGUGCAAUUUCAGAGGUCUGUUGUAAUAAUAUCACAAUCUUGCACCUAGUUAUAGUUAGUGGUGUUAGUGGUCGGUAGGGAGUGCACAUUACCUGGUGGAAAUACAAAACAAAUUUGUAUAUAGGUGAUGUUUAUUGCAGAUAAACAUCUCAUUUGAUCUCACUAAUGGAAGGAUCAGAUUUUGUUGUGUGAUAAGAUGAAAACAAAAAAGAUGAUGCCAAGACGCUAAAGCUAUUGUACGUCAAAAUGACUGAAGUACGCUCUGUUGGUAAAAAGAUGUAGUGUAGGGAUAUUGCUACUAGAGGUGUACAAGUCGGGCAAAUAUGUUACAGAAUUAGUGAUAUGAUUUUGUAGUAUUAGCAUCGGCUUAUCCAAAGUUACUGAAGAAUUCUCAUCUGAAAUCUAGCCAUAACAACAGCUGUGUGAAGACAAAAAGUACUAAUGGAGGAAUUGUAGAGAACACAAAUCUUAUAACCAUCCUCAGAUUGUGAAAUGCCCUUUAUUAAUUAAUAUAUUACAUGCAUGUAUAUAUAUUCAAUUAGUUAAUUAAUGCAAGAGGGAAAAUGUUCCUCUUCGCCAUGAAUGAAUAUGUACAUGAAGAAAGGAAGGAUAGCAACUUGAGAAACUUCAGGAAGCAUGUGUACAUAUAAUAGCAACGGCUCAAAGGUGAUAUUGUAUUAUAAUACUGUUGAUAUUAUUACUGGAUAUUAAGAAAUGUUAAUAAAUGUGUUUGCUGGCAUACAUGUUGUAGGGUAAAGUAAGGACAAUGAACUGCAAGUAUUUAAGAACAGAAACCUGAGGGAACAGAUCGAGUCACUAGAUUUAGUAAUUAGAUAUAUAGUCGGCUAGUAUAUUAUUAUUUAGUCGUAGUCCUAUGAAGAGUAGGUAUGUUGUUUAGUGAUAUGGGAGCACUGCUAUAUAAUGUCAGAGUUCUGAAUAGUAAUUUGCUGGCCAGUGUUGUAUUUUAUUUUUAUUAUUUUCUGGCAUAAAGCCUGGCUUUGUCUACUAAAUAGCGAAUUAUGUUACCUGUACAUACAGGAACACUUGUCCUUAUGGAUGUAACAUAAACCAGAUUCAGAACAUAAUGGAUCUUUCAGUGAAUAAGUACAUUUGGUAGUUGUCCUGUUUUCAAAGAAGGAGAUAUUGAGACAAUUGUAUGUUUGUCUAACCAUUGGCUGUUUGGUGUGUGUACAUUUUAGUCGUCUGACUUUAACCAACUUAUUAUUGUUGUAAUGCUCAGUAGGUCGUCCACAUGUUUUAAAAGUUAAAAUCAUUCAUAUGUGGAUUCACACUUAGCAAUGCAUUUAAUCUUUGCUGAUACAGCUUUAUGCAAAGAGAAUAUGCUUGGAAUUGCACUUAGUUUCACUUGGUCAAAGGUCAAAGCCUUAGGGAAUGCAAUGACCUGGGGUUGUGGGUUUUUUGAACUCAUGCAAAGGGGUAAAUAGCUAAACAGUUCAGAUGCUGAUACAUAAAAUAUUAAAAGAUAAAAACUAAAAAUUACCAUCAAACUUUUGAGGUGUAACAUGUUUUAAUAUUGUUAAUAUAAAAUAAAUACUGAGAAAAACACUUUGAAUGUGUGCGAAUUAAAAAGAGUUCAACCUUAAUAACUAGGUAAAAACAUUGAUACUUGUGUGAUGUUUCUAGUUGUAAAUAUUUUCACUUUUCAACAAUCAAUAUAUUCUUGAAAUAUGUGGGUGGGAUUAUGUAAUAUUUUGGUCUGCUGGAAUUGGGGCUUAAGUGAGAUAGGAUUUUCUUCUAUAAAUUACAUCUUCUAUAUUAAAACAAUACUUGCUAAUCACUGGUGUAGGAAGUGGGGGUGGGGGCAAGGGGUGCAUGUGCUUCCCCCUCCCCCACUUUUCUUGAUGCAGUAGCAGCAGUGAUUUAUUUAUAUAUAUAUAUAUAUAUAUAUAUAUAUAUAUGUGUGUGUGUGUGUGUGUAUGUGUAUAACCCCCGCCCCCCCCCCCCCCACACACACACACACACACAUUUUGGCAGUUUCCUAUGUCAUUGCUAGUUGUGAAAGAUUAACAUAAACAUAGCUGUAAAUCUAGAUAGUAUACUAACAAUGAGUAAACAUUUUUAGAAGGAUGCUGAACAAUUUAUAAAUUUAUACCAAUAGUAAAGUAAUCCAUAUACAUAUUGACACUGGUCAGAAUUUUUAAAAUUGGCCAACAACCAACCAAUUUCAACAGAGCUUUGUUUUAACUCUGGAAUAGGAUACCAACUACUUAUUACAUUACAGAAUAAUUAUUUUGUUUAGGAAGAUGCACAAGACAACCUAGUGACCUUUAAUUAAAAUGGUCACUUUGAAACAAGAGUGAACACCAUGCUUGAUGGGAGUAGGGGGUCACCUUUUAUUAAGACAAAUAUGUAAUUUAUUCUCUGUAAAAUAAAAUGCUAAAUGUUGCAGCAUAAAAUAAAUGAAGCAUUGCUUUUAUAGCUGUACCAUUCUCGUUCCAGCCAGUGCACCAUGACUGGUACAUCAACGGCUGUGGUAUGUGCUAUCCUGUCUAUGGGAUGGUGCAUAUAAAAGAUCCCUUGCUGCUAAUCAAAAAGAGUAACCCAUGAAGAAGCAACAGCGGGUUUCCUCCCUCAAUAUCUGUGUGGUCCUUAACCAUAUAACCGUAAAUAAAAUGUGUUGUUAAAUAAACAAUUUGCUUCUUAUAGCUGUACCAUACUCUUUAUGCAUACAGUUUGACAUGGUAAAGUUUAUUACUCCUGAGGUAAAUAAUAUUUUGAAUGCUAUAUGUUUUAUAGAUGACUUUUUGAUGGAUUUUUAUUCAUAGAAUUCAGGGGUUGGGGUAUGGUGGUGACAUACAUUUUUCACAUUUUAACUUGUCAUUUUGGUUAACCAUAUAACACAAUAAAAGUUACAUAUACAUGUGGGGGUGGGAGGUGGGAGAGAGAAAAACUGUAUCCACACCUUUUCAGUACUAAGAAUAUACCACUACACUGAAGCAGUCAUAAAUAAAUGUUACAGCCCUGUCAACAUAAUGAUAAACAGAAUGUAGCAACAACAACAAAAAAGUAAUAAGGAAUGGGUUUUAAUCAGGAAUAGCAUUCUGUUCAAAAACGUUUUGCAUGUUGAAAAGCUGAGUAGUAAGGUUGGGGAAAAUAGUGUUAGACUUUCCUAUUUUUCAUUUUUAAGGAAAUAAACACCAGUAAAACUGGAAUAAAACUAUCCAAAAAUAGGUAUGAAUGAGCAUUAGAAUAGCUAGUUGCCACAAAAUGUGUAGGUUUUGAGAUAGAAUGUUAAUGAAACAGAAUUGUUUGUUCUAAUUGUUUUGUGUGGGCAACUGAAGAAUUUCGAAACCAGUAUUUUAGUGUACAUACCAUGCCUAGUAUUGUGUACUGUAGACGGAUGUCAGUGAUUCAUAGUUUUUCACAUGUAUGCGGACAGCCCUUGUUGUGACCAUAGUGACUCAUCUAAGAUUAAUUGUUGUGAUAUGAUGCAUUAUAUCGAAGACUCAUUAAGUAUUUGACAGUGUAUUUAUCGGAGAAUAGUAUAUCAUUCAAUAUUUAAUGUUACAUCAUGUGCAUUGACAAUAAAGGCUGUGAUACAAAUUAAA